AAUAUUUGCGAUAAUUUAAUUUCUUAACUGUUGAUAGGAUCGUAAUAAAUUUUUGAUGGUAGUUAAAGGUGUGACUUAUAUAUAUUUCUGAAUCUAAUUAACAAGACUUGUUCACACAGUUAAAUGGAUAUAACAAGGAUCGUCAGUUAUAGAUGAAUGGAUUUUAAUCUCUUUGAUGCAUAAUUGUAAUCGUCGCAAACUUCCUAUCAUUUUUCUCACCAUCUGGCCAGUUGACCUAUUCCGAUCAGCGCAUUGGUUCAGCCUUUGAAACUUGCAAUCUCCAUUAACAAUGGAUGUUACUGGAGCAACAAUGCGCCCUUAUCAGGCCUCGAUGGCUGCAAUGUGCUUUCGGAACAUACGGCUUACGGUUGUCGCCAAGUUCACGUUUAUUUGCUUGGUAUUGAUGUCACUAUUCGAAACUGCUUUCAAAUACGACGCAGUGGUCGUCAUACAGACCUACCGGCCGGUCAACAUUCAAGGGCAAGAGACUGAAAAUGGCGUGACGGGUCUGUUCCGAACAUUGAAUACUGACGAAUUCGCUAAAAGUAUAUCAGUGCUAUUAAAAGUUACGCGAAACAAAAAGACAUUUACUAACCAAUCGGUGGAUGAACAGCCAAAGUUCAAUAAAAGCAUCGAUGUAGCUAAUACGAAAGCAAACGGUUUUAACACAGUUAUGUUCAAAACCUUUGAGUCGCAGACAGAAGACGUGACAAAAGUUUAACAAACGGACCGGAAUGUUCUUAACACUGAUCACCGUGUUCCUCUGACAGUGGCGGAAAUCUUGCGGAUAGGGUCCAAGCUUCCGGGAAACCUGACAAGGCUGCAGCCACUCGAAUCAGGGGCAAAGGAGAGCCAAGAGUUUCCGGGGAUGCCGGACCCCUGCGUAGGCCCCAACCGUAUAACGGGUGUGGAGGACAUCCUCUGUAUGAAACCUCCGAAGUUCCUACCGGAUUAUAAGAACCCAUGCUGGCAUGAUGGCAACACGUUCCGCUGCCUUCCAUACUUCCACCUGAUAGGGAUCUGCAAAAGCGCAACUUCCGACGUAUUCAAGCGUUUGUACAUGCACCCGGAUAUCAUUCCGAACAGAGGCGUUGGGAAUAAAGAAACCUGGUACUGGUCGUGGAGGCGACUUGACAUAUUGAAAAUAAACGGCACUUUCAACCAAGGAAUGACAUUGAAGGAUUUUACUGAUAAGUUCCGGUCUUCCGAACUUCAAGCCAAAGAUGCCAAAGGCAAACAUAACAAAAUUACUGGUCACGGUGAUCCCAUGGACUUCUGGGACCGAUUCGAAGAUAGAAACACGCCACAGAACAUACCCGGCGCCGACGAGCUACUCUGGACGACGCCAUACGCCGUCCGCCACGUCAACCCGAACGUCAAGCUGCUACUCAUGCUGCGGGAUCCCGUCGAAAGGUUGUUCUCUCACUAUAUUCAUUUGCACUACGGUACCUCGGCACAGUGUUUUCAUGAACACGUGGUGAUUUCCAUCGAACGAUGGAAUAACUGCACUAACUCGCAUACCAUUCGUCACUGCAUUUACGAUCAGCCCUUGUUCAAAAACCUUCCGGCCCCGAUCUUGACGAGCUUCUACAUCGUGCACCUGUUGGAGUGGCUAAAGGUGUUUCCCCGGGAACAGAUUUUGAUUUUCCGGAACGAGGAUUACACGGUGGACAUGAUGGGCACCCUCACGGACAUCUUCCGCUUCUUAGACGUCGGCGUCCCGAGCGACAGCGUUGUCGCCAAUAUGACAGACAUGACGCCCUUCUUCGUGUCGGAGAAGCGGAAGUCGGCCGGGAAAAUACUUCCGGAAACAAAGCGCCUUCUAAUGGAGCUCUAUCGGCCUUACAAUGAGCAGCUCGCAGCGUUCCUAGGGGACGAGAGAUAUACGUGGCGCGACGCUUCGUUUCCCUCCGUAAAGACUGUGAAAUAGUAGUAAUAUAGUACGCGGCAUACAGUCGGUAUAUCUCGUUGGAUAUGAACUAUAUACCUCGUUGAAAACAUUCAGCAUAGCUCGUGGAAUAUCUUCCAUACACCGCGUGAUAUAUAAUCAGCAUACUAUCCAUAUUCGACUUAAGAUACAUUCAAUAAAGCUCACGGAAUGCUAUCCAUAUACCGCGCGGUAUACGGUUGACAUUUUCCUUUGGAUAUUAUCCAUACGCCACGAGGGACGCAGCCAUCAUAGCUCGUGUGAUACUUUUUAUAUUGGACACUUUCCAUAUGCCGCUUGAGAUAACUACGGCAUAGCCCAUGAGUGACUGACAUUCAGUGGGAUACAAGCGGCAUAGCCCGUGGAAUACUACCCAUACCGCGACGGAUACUGUCAGCAUAGCUCGUAUACCGAGUGGAAUAUGGUCGACAAGGCUCGAUGGUACGGUGGCAUAGAGGUGACAUUCACUUCUCUUUUUUUAAAUUGGUCUCCUCUUUUUACUAUCUCGUGGCCACGCGUUAGCUAUGUCGUUGCCACGAGAUAAAAAAAAGGAGUGCAAAACUAAAUAAAAGCGGCGUACAAUUAAAAAAAGAGCGGUGCUUCUCUUUUUUUAAAUUGCUCUUCUCUUUUUUCUAUCUCUUGGCCACGAGUUAGCUAUGUCGUGGCAACGAGAUAGAAAAAAGAGGAGUGCAAAACUAAAUAAAAGCGGCGAACAAUUAAAAAAAGAGCGGUGCAGUAAAUAAAGGCAGAGUGCAUUAAAUAAAAGAGGAGAGAAUUUUCGUCAUCUAGAGAUCCCGAGUUAGUCAGCCAAUCAAAUGUUGCGUAACAUGCGUAAAUAUUCUGUACGCAUAUAUAUAGCUGGUCAAAGCAAGCAAGGCUCUGAUAUAACAUAACAUACUACUAUUAGUACUACUAUUACUGCUACUACUACUGCUGCUGUUGUAGUAUUAACAUUAAGCCCCCAUGUAUUACAAUAGACAUACGGGUUAUCUAAAUGGUUCUGUACUUCUUCUGGUGACUUACCUAGAAAAGCCAUGUCAUCCGCAAAUAACAAUAAAAUUAAGGUUAUGUCGUCUAUAUUAAGGCCAGACAAUGUGCUAUCUUGUAAAAAUAGUUCCAAAUCUUUUACAAACAGUGAAAAAAUAAUCGGGGACAUUACCUCGCCUUUUCUUAGACCGACAGCAUAACUAAAGUAUUCGGAAUAUGAUGUACACGACUUAACACAAGAUUUAACAUUUUCAUACAUAUUCUUAAUUAUUCUCAAUAGUUUACCUUGUACACCAGAUUUAUACAUUUUUAACCAUAAUGCAUUACAAUAUAUACUAUCAAAACAUUUGAGCAAAUCAACGUAUAUAACACACAAACGUUUGUUUUCAUUUAAAAAAUGCUGCACAACAGACAGCAAGAUAUAAACAGCAUCAACACUUGAACAUCCUUUUCUAAAUCCAGCUUGUGCAUCUGAAAUUUUAGCAUUAUCUUCACAAUAGACAAUCAAAUGUGCUAAGUAGCUGCUUAAAACAAUAAACACACUUAUGUCAUUAACUUAAUGCCGUAAGAGGUCCAUUGUGCCAAUUUGGCGCACAUUUUGUGGUCCAGUUUCUGAUACUAUUUCAUUAAAUUUCUAUGUUUAACGAAUCCUUAAGAGAAAAAAUUGAUUAAAAUUUGGUUAAUAGAACAAUAAUUUAUUAUGUCGGACGCUUUGCAAUAUUAUGAAUACAUGUUUGCUCUGCGGUUUGUUUAUAGUU